AUGCAAUUCAAGAACGCUGCCCUAGCCACCGUCGCCGUCGCCGCCACCGCCUCUGCUGCCUCUUCUUCCAUUAAGGGUUACACUCCAGGUGAACCAUGGUCCACUUUGACCCCAUCUGCCACUCUAGACUGUGGUUUCACUGCUUACACCUCCUUUGGUAUCGCUGUUCAACCAGUCUCCUCCGCUUCUGCUUCUUCCAAGGCUAAGAGAAACGUCAUCUCUCAAAUCGGUGAUGGUCAAAUUCAAGCUACUGCCACCUCUACCUCUGGUAAGGUUACCACUACUUUGGCUCCAACUACCAAGAAGGCUUCUUCUUCAAAGGCUUCUUCUUCUUCCAAGACUUCCUCUUCUUGUAAGGCCAGUGCCACUCUAUCCCCAGCUGACACUUCCUGUAAGAACUCUGGUACUCUAGCUUUGUCCCUAAAGGAAGGUGUCUUAACUGACAACAAGGGUAGAGUUGGUUCCAUUGUCUCUAACAGACAAUUCCAAUUCGACGGUCCACCACCACAAGCCGGUGCCAUCUACGCUGCUGGUUGGGCUAUCACUGAAGAAGGUAACUUGGCUUUAGGUGACCAAGAUGUCUUCUACCAAUGUCUAUCUGGUGACUUCUACAACUUGUACGAUGAAAGCAUUGCUGACCAAUGUUCUCCAAUCCACUUGGAAGUUGUUGAAUUGGUUGACUGUUAA